GAUUGUGUUUCUGAGAAAUGGGAGUGAAAGGUCUUCAGUUUUUCAGGGACCAGUGCUGUCCGGAGGCCUGUGUGACAGCAGACCUGAGACAGGUGGCCACACACCAUGCUGCCAAAAUCCUGAGAGACUCGACAUCCGCAGCUCACAACACAGGUCCUACCAUGGUUGUAGAUGGCAUGGCCUGCCUGCGCCACUGGUACUCAUGUAAAGACUGGGUGUGUGGCGGGCAGUGGAAGGAAUACGAGGAUGUUGUGAAGAGAUGGGUGGAGGCAUUUACAUCUGCAGGCAUCAGACUUGUCUUUUUCUUUGAUGGAGUUGUGGAAGAGAAGAAAAGAGCUAUGUGGGUGAAGAGGAGACACAGAGUGCAUGGGGAGAUUUCAAAAAUAUUUACCCACAUCAAAAAGUAUGGUUGGGAGGAGCUCAAUGGACAUCCUAAAAAGUAUGGAGAGCAACCUGGUGGCGAGGUUUUCUGUCUGCCCUCUGGACUGGCGACGUUUACACCCUUUGCUCUGAGGUCUUUGAAACAGGAGGUAUUUUGCUCAGUGCAAGAAACCGACUAUGAGAUCGCUAACUAUGCUCGUCAGAACAACUGCAUGGGCAUCCUGGGACAGGACACAGACUUCAUCAUCUAUGACAGUGCGCCAUACUUCUCCGUGAGUAAGCUCUGGAUGAAGACUCUCAUCACUGUCAUGUACGACCGUCACAAACUCUGCCAAAACAUUGGACUGACGACUGCCCAGCUACCACUGCUCUCCUGCCUGCUGCGUAACGAUGUGGUGUCAGAGGAGAAGACGCAACAUAUCAGAAACAAUGCAAUGGAAACAUACAGUAUUUACCAAGGUAAGCACAGGGUGCGCUCACGAACAACACCAGCGUAUCCAGGAGAGGUGGUAGCCAUAAUGGCGGACGCAGAGACUAGCGGCUCCGGGAGUGACACUAAAAACUCAGCAAAGAGGAGGAAAGUGGGCUCGUCCCACAGUCGUACAUCUGUACAUCGUACAUCAAGUCUGGUCACGUUCAUCAUCCUGCAGGUAAUCGUCUUCCUCAGGUACCAGGUGCAGACUUUCAGAGUCGGCCCGGGCUUGUUAGGCGGCCUAGAGCCGGCCCUGCAGACUUUGUCUCAAGAGGAUGUGGACGCUUACCUGAGUCGGGCUGUGUGUCUGAAAACCUCUCAGGAGCUUCAGCAGAUUGAGCUGCCACUCCUCUGUAGUCGUGCGUUGCAGCUGGGGUCUCUGUAUGUCCGAGGACUGAGCCACCUGCUGGGGGCCAACAGUGCCAGCGGCCAGCCGCUGCCCAGCGCUGCCCUGAUGCCCUGGCAGAGCUUCGAUGGACGGCUGUUCCACCCAAAGUACCUGCUGGCGCACAGCGGUACAGAGAAGCUGCAGAGAAAAAGCUUCUGCUGGACAGCGAUGUGAGUGCCACAACAAAAAGGGGAAUUCCUCUUCUGCAUGAAGAGAAGCCGAGUCCUGCAGUCCAGACCCAGAGCGCCGCCACCAAGUCUUCAGACCACGCACCAGUAGAUCGAAGAAACGAC